AUUGAAAAAUGUGAUAAUUUGGCAAAAAUCACUAGCAUUAAAGACUCUAAAUUUGUGACAACAUAAUAAUAGCGUCUUUGACAAAAUUUUAAAUUCCUUUGAUUUGUCUGCCGAAUUUGUAAAAAGUCAAACACAAAAAUGUCAGUUCUUCAAAGUGAAGGCGCUAGUGGAAUAUUGGAAUGAUAUACAGUUCGUGUUAUAUUUUUUCUUAUCACCAUGGGGUCAACAACAAUAACCAGUAGUAAAUUAUUUAAAUUUCUUAUCAUCAUUAUCAUAAAAAUAAAAUAACAUAACACCUCUAACUUCUUACUUUAAAAUGACAAACCUACUUCGAAGACCGCAUUUAAAAACAAUUUGUAAAAUCGGAAUCGCGCAGAAUCGGUCACAUUUCACAUACUAUCCAGAUAAAACAAAACAAAAUGAUGGAACUGCGCAGAAGAUGAAUAUGUUUCAGGCUAUUAACAAUGCCAUGGACUUAGCUCUCGAAAGUGACAAAUCAGCACUUGUCUUCGGUGAAGAUGUUGGCUUCGGUGGUGUUUUCAGAUGCUCCCUAAACCUGCAAAAGAAAUAUGGAAGGCAGCGAGUUUUCAACACUCCUCUCUGUGAACAGGGUAUAGCUGGAUUUGCCAUUGGGGUGGCUAAUGCAGGAGCAACAGCAAUUGCUGAAAUUCAGUUUGCCGAUUAUAUUUUUCCUGCCUUCGAUCAAAUUGUCAAUGAAGCCGCAAAGAAUAGAUAUCGAUCGGGUAACUCUUUUGACUGUGGUUCACUUACAAUCCGAGCUCCAUGCGGAGCCGUAGGUCAUGGAGCUCUUUAUCAUUCGCAAAGCCCCGAAGCUUAUUUUGCGCACACUCCUGGUCUGAAAGUUGUUGUUCCUCGUGGGGCAGCCAAAGCUAAGGGCUUACUGCUGGCAUGCAUUAAGGAUAAAGAUCCUUGCAUUAUAUUUGAACCAAAAACCCUAUAUAGAGCAGCUGUGGACGAUGUUCCAAUUAAUGACUAUACCGCACCUCUAGGCAAGGCAGAUAUUUUAAGAAAAGGGAAUGAUGUGACUUUAAUCGGUUGGGGAACUCAAGUGCAUGUUCUUUUGGAGGUUGCAGACCUGGCCAAACAAAACUAUGAUGUCAACUGUGAAGUAAUUGAUUUAGUUUCCAUAUUGCCAUGGGACAAGGAAACUGUAGUAAAUUCCGUAAAGAAAACCGGAAGAGUUUUGGUGGCACAUGAAGCACCUUUGACACAAGGAUUCGGUGCCGAAAUCGCUGCAUACAUUCAACAAGCUUGCUUUCUUUAUCUGGAAGCACCUGUUUUCAGAGUCACUGGUUGGGAUACACCUUUUCCUCAGGUGUUUGAACCAUUCUACUUACCUGAUAAGCACAGAUGCCUCGCCGCUGUUAAAAAAGCAUUGGAAUACUAACAAUUGUUUCCUUUUUCUGUAAUAUGGUAUCUUUUUGUAAUUAAUGUAUAUAGUGCAUGUUUUUUUUUAUGUUUGUAAAAUGGAAAUAAAGUUGAGUAAUAAAAAGA